AUGUCUCAUCCACCGGAGCCGCCUCCACUCUUCGGAGCAACGUCGUCAUUCAUCACCGAGCGCGCUCGGCAGCUGAUUCAAAGACUUCGCCAGGCGCAGCGACAGAUUAUGGAUACGUUGUCACCGGAAGACGCAAGCUUUUCCAAUAUCCUUAUGCCACUUGCACAGGCGGAAAAUGCCGCUUCGGCAGACAGGUGGCUCGUCACAAGUUACAGGAACUUCUCGCCAGAUGCCAACAUCACGGCCACCCUGUUUGAGGACUUUGAACUUGAAAUUACAUUACACAAGAACCUGUUUAACCAUAAUGCCGUGCUGCGCAAAGAUGAACUGCUGGAUUGUUAA